AUCGUCUAAAAAACGACCUAGCUAGCUAGUUUUUGAAAGAUCAAAACGAUCGACCAGGUGAUCAUGGCAGCCCUGAAGUCCCUUGUCUCUCUCAGCUCUAAAGUUGCAGUACUGCUCGUCCUGCUCAUGGCACUUGGUGUGCAGACCCAGAUAGUUCAGGCGCAGACCUGCGCGGCUUCGCUCAACAACCUUAACAUGUGCACACCCUUUGUUCUGCCAGGUGCCGCUAAUACCAGUCCUAGUCCUGCGUGCUGUGGUGCACUCCAAGCAGUGCCGAAUGACUGCCUUUGCAGCACUCUCCGGAUCGUUGCGCGUCUUCCCGCUCAAUGCAAUCUCCCUUCCCGCUCUUGUGGUGUGAAUUAAAGAAUGAACUGUGCUCGGGACUCGUCAAUGAAUAAUGUUGAAGCUUAAUGAUUUUGCCUCUGUUUUAUAUUUUUUUUUUUUUGGUUUACUUUUUCCUCAGUAAUAUCACCUGACAUGGGAAUAAUGAUCAAUCAGAAUUAUGGGAAUCAGACGAGAAUUAAGUACGUACUUCGUGUUUAAAUGAAAUAAGGAUGUUAUAUAUCA